AUGUCCAACCGACCAGACGACGACGGGCCUUCGGGGCCACCCUCGCCAAUGAGCGCGAGACGACCAAGAUUCGAUUCUUCUCGAAGAGGCUCUGUUGGUGAACCAGAUGAGCGCUCGCCUCUGCUCUUGGGUCCUCGGGCAAGGAUACGCCGUCACCAAUCCGGCCCAGAGAGCCCCAAGUAUCUUACACCGGGCCUGUCGAGGAACCACAGCACCACUGGAAGCGUCGGAAGCUUACACCACAGCCGCAAUCCAUCCUUUGGCCAACGUCUGUCCUAUGCUUUCUCUGACUACCCCGAACCGAUGAGCGAGUCGAAGAGAUCCAUUCAGCCAAACGAGCGUGUGUGGUAUGAUCAGUUCACGUCGACCGACUGGGUUCAUGAUAACAUUGUCGAUGCCCACCGAGUAAAGGCGCUCAAGAUGCGGAAGGACUUCCGGGGGAGGAUAUAUGCCAUCUUCGAUGCCUCCCAAGGUUGGAUUCUGAGUGCCGUGUGUGGCUUCGUUGUCGCCCUCGUCGCCUACGUCGUCAACUUGUCCGAGGCCACCGUCUUCGACUAUAAGUACGGCUACUGUGCGCGUGGCUGGUACAUCAGUGAGAGAAAUUGUUGUCCCAAGCAAGGACCCUGCCAAGAUUGGCGGACCUGGUCCGAGGUCUUGCGGUUCUGGCCCUUUGGUGAUGUCGGCACUGAGUUUACCAUCUACCUGACGGGAUGUAUUGUCUUGGCGGGUGUCGCCUGUGCCAUGACAUUGACCACCAAGACCGUGGUGCCCUCAGCAUAUCGAAUGACGACCUUCGACGAGAAUCUUGCGGCGGAACUCACGCCUUUCGCGGAUGAUCCUGCUAGUGACGAAAGUCCGACCCCCCCAGAAGUUGUCGAGGCGGUUGAGGCUGCUGUGCCGCCCCCGAUGGUUUACUACUCUGCUGCUGGAAGUGGUGUAGCCGAAGUCCGUGUCAUCCUCAGCGGUUUUGUCUUGCAUGGCUUUCUGGGUGUGAAGACACUGCUUAUCAAGUCUGCUGCACUCAUUCUGAGUGUGGCGUCUGGCCUCAGUCUGGGCAAGGAGGGUCCCUACGUCCACAUCGCUACCUGCAUAGGCAAUAUUGCGUGUCGGCUCUUCUCUAAAUACGACAAGAACGACGCAAAGAGGCGCGAAGUCUUGUCCGCUGCCGCUGCCGCAGGAGUUGCCGUCGCCUUUGGUGCCCCCCUAGGGGGAGUUCUCUUCGGCCUUGAGGAGGUCUCCUACUUCUUUCCAGCAAAGACGCUCUUCCGGACCUUUUUCUGCUGCAUCGUAGCUGCGCUGUCGCUCAAGUUCCUCAACCCCUAUGGCACCCACAAGAUUGUCAUGUUCCAGGUCAAGUACGUCGCCGACUGGCACUACUUCGAAAUCGUGUUCUACAUUGUGCUUGGCGUACUGGGCGGCGCUGCAGGUGCGCUUUUCAUUAAAGCUUCUAAACACUGGGCCAAGUCGUUUCGUAGGAUUGGCGUCAUCAAGACGUACCCGAUGGUCGAGGUCUUGUUGGUCGCCAUCGUCACCGGCAUCAUGAGUUACUGGAACGUCCACACCAAACAGCCUGUGGCGAAGCUCAUGCUCAAUCUGGCGGCUCCCUGUCACGACGGAUCCGGGCGAGAGGACUAUGGCCUGUGCCCGACUGCUAUGGAUGACAUCCCUCCCGUUCUUCUCAGUCUCUUCACCGCGUUCCUGAUCAAAGGCUUUUUGACCAUCAUCACGUUUGGCAUUAAAGUACCUGCAGGCAUCUAUGUGCCGUCCAUGGUGGUCGGCGGUCUCAUGGGCAGGCUGGUUGGCCAUGUCGUUCAAUACAUGGUCUUAUUGUAUCCCGGGUUUGGGCUGUGGGGUGCUUGUGCCUCCAAAGAGACGGGAUCAUGCAUUCAGCCUGGAGUCUAUGGUUUAAUCGCCGCCGGCUCAACGAUGUGCGGCGUGACACGGCUUUCGGUAACCCUCGCGGUCAUUCUCUUUGAGCUCACCGGCAGCCUGGAUUACGUGCUGCCCUUCUCCCUCUCGAUUCUGGUGGCAAAAUGGACCGCAGACGCCAUUGAACCAAAUAGCAUCUAUGAUCUGUUGACCAACAUGAACUCGUAUCCGUUCCUCGACAACAAACAUAAGCCCAUCUUCACUUCAGAUCUCGCCGACAUUGUUCCCCGCGUACGUCGAGAGAGGACCAUCGACAUCAGCGCCUCCCCUGCCGUGUCGGCCGUUAGCCUUCGUACCAAGCUCCAAACACUACACAGGGCCGGAGAGAUCGACGGGGGUCUGCCAAUCAUUCGAGACGGAAUUCUCGUUGGUUUAAUCCCAGCUCCCGAUCUGGAAUUCGCCUUGGACAACUUGGACGACGAAGCCUCGAGCAUGUGUUUGAUGGCUCACGUCACGAGCAUCGAAGAUUCCGAUGAUGAGGAGGAGGUAGACAAGACUGACUUUACCCCGUAUAUCGAUCCGGCUCCUGUUGCACUUGACAUACGGUCACCCAUGGACCUUGUUUAUGAAUGCUUUGUCAAGCUCGGCCUUCGCUUUGUGUGCGUCCUGAAAAACGGGCGAUAUGCCGGAAUGGUACAUAAGAAGAGCUUCGUGAGGUACAUGCGAGAGCUCGAGGAGAAAGAAGGCCACUGA